AUGCUUUACAUUUUCCAGGUGGGCUCGGCAUUUAUUGUAUGUGCUGCAACAAACCCAUACGUGCUCAUCUUGUAUCUUCCAGUGGGAUACGCCUUCACGAGCGCGGCUAGAAUAUACCAGUUGUCCGCCCGGAAAUUGAAACGUUUGGAUAGUAUUUCUCGAUCCCCUUUUUUAAACUUGGUAUUGGAAACUAUCUCUGGCAUUGAGACAGUUCGAUCGUCGAAAAUGGUUGAACUAUUCUCUGCUCGUUGUGAAGAGCUCGUGAAUAACAACGCCAAGUUUGAUCUGAUGUUUGAGUCGACCACUCGGUGGUUCUGCAUGCGGACCGACUGGUUGGUCUCAGUAAUUAUUGCUGCUGUUGCAAUUCUCGCAAUCGCUACAAAGUCGAGCAUAGGAGCUGCUGCUGCAGGUCUAGGACUGACCUAUGCGGCGCAGCUCACAUCGUUUUUCCAGCGUCUGACAGCUUUAGUGACACAAGUCGAUAACAUCAUGACGUGUUUUGAACGCAUUACUCACUACGACGAUCUCGACGAGGAGGGAUGCCAGCGCAUCUCAACUUACAAGGACGCACUUGAUUCUGCUUGGCCCAAGACUGCAAGUGGUGAGAAGGUUGGCAUUUGUGGCCGUACUGAAUGUGGCAAGAGCUUGUUAAUGAGUGUGCUGUUUCGUGUUGUGGAAAUACCAACAAGUGGGGACGUUCUCAUUGACGGUGUCAACAUUGCUACCAUUACGGUACGUCAGCUACGAACCAAGUUGACCAUCAUCUUACAGGAUCCGAUCCUUUUGUUAGCGAUGAACUUGGAUCCGUUUGGAGAGAAUACGGAUGCUGAGCUCUACGCAGUACUACGCAGGGUGCAUUUAUUGGGUACCAUUUCUUCCUGGGGAAACGGUCUUGAUUACCAUGUGGCAGAGAAAGGCGGCAACUUGUCAGUGGGUCAGCGUCAAUUGUUGUGUAUUGCACGUGCACUCAUCCGAGACAGUAAGGUGGUUGUGAUGGAUGAAGCGACUGCAAAUGUUGAUUUCGAGUCGGAAAGAUUGAUUUAG